AUCUCUCCCUCUUUCUCUCUUAAACUCUCUGCAAAACCUCUCUCUCUUGAACUCUCUGCAAUUUCUCUUCGCUUCUUCAAGCUUCUCCCAAAAUGCUUUCCGCUACUCAAGCUCGUAACAUAGUCGGCAUCGUCGGAAAUGUCAUUUCGUUUGGUCUUUUUCUCUCGCCGUUACCGACGUUUUUCAAAAUUUACAAAAGCAAAUCAGUUGAGGAGUUCAAGCCAGAUCCGUACCUUGCAACUGUGUUGAACUGUAUGUGUUGGGUAUUCUACGGAAUGCCUUUCGUUCAUCCUGACAGCACUCUGAUCAUCACUAUUAAUGGCAUUGGCCUUUUCAUAGAGCUAUUUUAUUUGGCUAUAUUCUGCCUGUAUGCUGAUUCCAAAGGACGGAAAAAAGUUAGUAUUUGCCUUGUGAUUGAGGUUAUUUUCGUGGCUGCUGUUGCUGUAAUAACUAUUGUAUUCCUUCAUGGAACCAAGCAAAGAUCACUGUUGGUUGGAAUAAUAUGUGACGUAUUCAACAUCAUUAUGUAUGCUUCUCCUCUAACGAUCAUGACAAAAGUGAUCAAGACGAAGAGUGUCAAGUACAUGCCAUUUACUCUCUCGUUAGCCAACUUUCUCAAUGGUUGUAUUUGGACGGCCUAUUCUCUAAUCAAGUUUGACAUCUACGUUCUUGUUAGCAAUGGUCUUGGAGCAAUUUCGGGUUUCCUUCAGCUCCUCCUCUAUACAUAUUACUCUGUAUGCCGUCCAAAGGCCGACGAGAAUGCUGUGAAAGCCAAUGAAGUUCAGCUCUCCAACGCAUAAACUGCAAGUCCAUCGAGCUAAGUCAUUUAAAGCGUGGUGUGGUUGCUAUCGUAAGGAGGAAUGAAGUUGUGCAUAGCUAGAACAGUAUCGGGAUUGUAGUUUUGACUUUUUUGUUG